AUGGACGAAGGCUGGACGGCCGAAUGCGGUGAAAGCUUCAUGAUUGAGACGCGUCUUCGAGGAAUGAGCUCAAACAGGGCUGUUGCCAGCAAGAUUCCGGCCGCCAACCCUCCACCAUCAAAAGCUUCGUACGGCCACUACCCUCGCCGGACGCGCUCCCCCCCCCCCCAAGUGCGCCGCCAGAGCUACUCGCCCAGUUAG